CAACAAACAAUAAAUAAAGAAAUAUACUCCACAAGACAGAGUCAAAUUUGGGAAAGCCAAACCCAAACCCAAACCCAAACACAAAGCUUGUCGUCAGCCAUUCUUGCGUGCACAGGGAAUCCAAUCCAGACAUAAAAACACAACCUUAGAAACUCCAUAAAUCCCCACAACAAUUCAUUUCUAGCUCUGUUUAAUCAUAAAAGUUGGUCAACGCAAAAGUCAACUGGUAGGCAUACCAACAUUUAUUAUCAUAUAUAUAUCCUUGGGCUCUUGGUUGUCAAUUUCAAGGUAGAUGUUUAUUGCAAGUGGAGGCCUCUGAGGAGGGACUAAUUUUUUUAUGGAUAGUUUAUGCUGCUUCAAUUCUGGAAACUCACAGCUUGCAGGAGGACGGUCAUCAUGUGGCAAAGGAAGAAGCCAUCAAGGGCCUGCAAAGUAUGGGUUCAGCCUCGUUAAGGGGAAAGCAAAUCAUCCGAUGGAGGAUUAUCAUGUUGCUAAAUUCACUCAGUUGCGCGGAGGGGAACUUGGACUUUUUGCUAUUUAUGAUGGGCAUUCUGGAGAUAAUGUGGCUUCCUAUUUACAGAAGCAUUUGUUUUCCAAUAUCAUAAACGAGGAGGACUUUUGGACCGACCCUCAUAGCUCAAUCUUAAAAGCUUAUGAGAGAACAGAUGAGGCUAUUCUUUCACAUAAUCCUGAUCUUGGACAAGGAGGGUCAACUGCAGUGACUGCAAUGCUUAUAAAUGGACGAAAGCUAUGGAUAGCAAAUGUUGGAGAUUCCAGAGCAGUGCUUUCGAGGAGGGGGCAGGCGAUACAGAUGAGCGUUGAUCACGAACCGCACACUGAGCGGAGCAGCAUCGAAAACAAAGGUGGCUUUGUCACAAAAAUGCCAGGAGAUGUUGCUAGAGUGAAUGGUCAACUGGCUGUUUCUCGUGCUUUUGGAGACAAGAACCUGAAAUCACACCUGCGUUCUGAUCCUGAUGUAAGAAACAUCGAUGUUGAUGGAAAUACAGAUCUUCUCAUCCUUGCAAGUGAUGGUUUAUGGAAGGUAAUGUCUAAUCAAGAGGCAGUUGACAUCGCGAAGAAGGUUAAGGACCCACAGAAGGCAGCCAAGCAAUUAGUCAUCGAAGCGUUGACCAGAGAAAGUAAAGAUGAUAUCUCAUGCAUUGUUGUCCGAUUUAAGGGGUGAAUCCACGACAAGUUAUCGCAGUGUGCAGUAUAUACUGUCCGUGUACAAAAGUAUAACUCUAUAGUAAAUAGAGUGAUAUUUGUAAGAUGAGAUGCAACUCCAAGAUUCACAGAAGCUUGAAAUAUAUAUGCCCUCUCCCCUGCCCCUGGCCCUUCUUUCUUUGUAAUAGUUUUUUACUCGGGUUGUGUGAUAAUUCUUUCCUAUUUAUAGAGAUUAUCAGAGUGGAUUUUUCUAUAAUUUGCAUAAAUGCCUUUGUAAUCAUGAAAAUGGUCAAGGGCUUGAUGAUAUGGUUUAUAGACAAUUUGAUUUUGAAGAUCGCUUAGUUUCUGGAUCCAA